AUGGUCGUCAUUCAAAUAGUUAUCAUAUUGACUGCAGGCCUUUUUGGUGGUCUGCUGUCGGCUUCCCCUUCCCCAUCGAUGCAGCGAUUGCCGGUAGUCGACUUAGGAUAUUCUCAGUACCGGGGAAUGUCACUGUCCAAUGGCGUUGACCAAUUUCUCGGGAUAAGAUAUGCAAAGGCACCCUUAGGCAACUUGCGAUUCCGGGGUAGAAGAUACUGCAGGGAUUUUAGAUGCAUCAUCGAGUCAAUCGACGAUUCCUUAGCAGAGGACUGCUUAUUUAUCAAUAUCUGGCGGCCAACGGGGGCGAGUCCGUAUUCCGACCUCCCUGUCUGGCUGUUCAUUCAAGGGGGUGGAUACGCCAACAAUGCGAAUGGCAACUAUAACGGCAGCGAGGUUGUUCAACAGUCUGAUCACAAUAUCAUUUUUGUCAACUUUAAUUACCGUGUCGGUGUUCUUGGAUUCCUCGCUAGUGAACACGUGCGAAGAAAUGGAGACCUCAAUGCUGGGCUGCUCGAUCAGCGGAAAGCACUAUAUUGGGUACAGAAACACAUCCGCAAAUUUGGAGGCAACCCAGACCACGUCGUCAUUCACGGUGACUCUGCUGGUGCAGGCUCAGUUGCCUAUCAUCUCACCGCGUAUGGUGAGCGCAAUACAGACCUUUUCAUUGGGGCAGUGGCAGAGUCGCCAUUCUGGCCCACUCAAAGGACAGUUGCACAAAUGGAGUUUCAGUACGACCGAUUCGUGAAAGAUGCUAGUUGCCACAAGGCGGAGGAUUCUUUAGGGUGCUUGCGCUCUUCGGAUAUAAAACCGAUCCAAAAGUUCAACGUCGACAAGCCCUUCCCAGGGGGCAGUUCCAUGCCAGCCCCCCUGUGGUAUUUCCUUCCUGUUGUUGAUGGAAAUUUGAUCCAGGACCACCUUUACAAUCUGUUCAGUGAUGGAAAGUUUGUUCACGUGCCCUUGUUAGUCGGGGAUGAGACAAAUGAAGGCACCAGGUUUGCAUACAAUGCGAGCAGCAAGUCUGAAGUGGCCCAGUUCAUGAAGAACAAUUAUCCCGGACUCUCCGAUGACCAACUUCAUGCCAUCAACAAGGCAUACGAGGAUGUGGAGCCCCUUCCUAAGCAUGCGGCUUAUUUCGCAUCAGCUGCGGGCGCUUAUGGAGAUGCGACCUUGACUUGCCCAGGAAACUUCAUGAGCGCGGCGAUGGCUAGGUCAUUCUCGUCUGAUGUCGUCUGGAAUUAUCGGUACAAUGUCCGCGACCCCACAGAAAUUGCAAAUGGGAUGGGUGUUCCUCAUGUGUUUGAUUUGCCUGCAAUUUUCGGGGUUGGGAAAACCAAUGAGCCAACUGUUUCAUAUGCCAGCUCUAAUGCAAAGAUCGUGCCCGUUACCAUGCACUACUACUUGAGCUUUAUCAGAGUCUUAGACCUCAACACUUACCGGUACGAGGACGCCCCUGAAUGGCAACCAUGGGGCUCAGAAGCCGGGCACCGCCUUAAACUCCAGACAAAUUCGACACGGAUGGAAAGUGUUCCUCGCUUGGAGGUUGAGCGUUGCUCGAUGUGGAAGGACUUCGCAGCAGACAUGCAGAAUUGA